AUGGGUCAGCUCUCACCAUCAAGGGAGAGAGGAACUUCGGGCGAAGCUCCAGCGCCCCCCAGCGAAGAUACCCAGUUGGCACCUGACGUGGUCUUCCCUCAUCGGGUUAAUCUAACAUUCCUGGAAUCACCCUGGCGAUCUGCGCGAGGUUAUCAGCCCCUACUGAGAAAAAUGGAAAUGGAUAUAGUGGACUACCACUUCCCUGGUGGGUUCCAUGAUGAUCCAGCAGACUGGCUAAGAGAGCAAUUGAAAUGGGCAUUUCUCCUGAUCAGGGAUCAUCUGGAAGCUUUUUUGUCAAGAAUCCUCAAGGGGUGA